GUGGUGGUGACCGCUAAGAGGUAGGAAGAAAAGGACAGGAGAGGUGAGAGCAUAUGAAUAUGAAGGGUGAGUUGAGAUCAAGCUCUUCAUGCGCAGCCUGCAAGUUCCUAAAGAGGAAAUGUAGUCCGACUUGUAUCUUCGCUCCCUACUUCAGGGCCGACGAGUCACGUAAGUUUGCCAGAGUCCACAAGGUGUUUGGAGCCAGCAACGUUAGCAAAAUCCUCGCAGAGGUGCCGGAGUUGCAGCGUGCCGACACCGUAAAUUCCUUGGCAUACGAAGCAGAAUUGAGGCUUAGAGACCCUGUCUACGGUUGCAUUGGUGCCAUUGCUAUCUUACAAAACCAAAUGCUUCAGCUCCAACACGACCUCGCCAUUGCUAGAGCUCGUCUUGCCCUCUACACUCACUAUCUUCCUCCUCCUCUUCCACUUCCUCCUCCACCAGAUCCUCUCCCGGAUUAUCUAAUGCUUGAUCAGGAGACCACAACUGAUAGCAGAGUUCGUUUUGAUCGGAAUUCUUCCUCGGAAUUUCAAUGCCAUGGUCCUCUUCAUCUUCUUCAAUGACCACCUCAUUAGUUAUUUACUCUCUCUCUCUCUCUCUCUCUCUCUCUCUCUCUCGCGCUCACAUUGUUUGGGUUAAUGGGCUUAUCCCUUGUUCAUCAAAGAUCAAUUCUGUGAAAUUGAAGGGAUAUUUAAAUUUAAAGAAAAAUUCUUGCA